GUUUAGAGAUUUGAGUAGUAUGAUAAACUGUUUUAAAAGUUCGACAUGCGAUAAAUGCGGUGCAUUGAUGGAGUAUGCCGUUACAGUAUGAUGUUGAACUCGUUGAUCUACUUUCGAGCGGAGCUCCAACUAACCAGUUGACUGACUAACUAGCGAAAAUCCGACGGCCGUAGGCAUGCUCAUCUGGCGUUAGGUGGCAGUUGCAUCAUCGCAAUGUCCCUGGCUUGUGCAGCACCUCGAGGCUCAAAGACGCACCCGAGUGUAAACAUUGGCACACACCCCUAACUAUUCUCAGUACUUUUAUGGGCACCAUUUCCCCGGGAUUACUACACGAUCGCCGCCUUUGAGGGGCUCCUGCACGAUCCAGGUCUCUGAAUGCUCCUUCUCAUUCUCUCUGGGUUCCUAACCCUGUGGCUGUUGUGGCGUCUCACUCAGCCAGCACCGGGACCAGAGACGGGGAUUAAAGCUCAGCUUGAAGCGAGGGAGCAUAUGCAGGUUGACCCAGCAAGCAGUGGCCCUGUGGUGAAGGCGGGCAGUUCGGAAGGCGGUACGCUUAGGCAGGAUGGUGGCGUGUUGGACAACAGACCAAUGGAUGGGCCAGGCUGUGUUGAGCCUAAGAGGGCUCAUGAGGGUAUAGGGAUGCUGCUAGGAAGUGUGGACCAAGGCUCAGGCGGGGAGGCCAGAGACCGCCUUAAGUUUAUCCUGGGGGCAUCUGAGGAGAACUCUUCUGAUGAAGAGCCAGUGUUGCUGGAGCAACCUUCUAGAAAGGACACAAGACUCGCUGAGACCCAAGUACCAUCAUUCACCUAUGCUACCAUGAGGCCCAGCAUGUCUGGCCUGCACCUGGUGAAGAAGGGCCGCGAUCAAAGGAGGAUGGACCUGCAGCGAGACUUCACUGUGGCCUCGCCGGCUGAGUUCAUCACCCGUUUUGGCGGAAACAGAGUCAUCGACAAGGUGCUGAUAGCCAACAAUGGCAUCGCGGCUGUGAAGUGCAUGCGCUCGAUAAGGCGCUGGUCCUACGAGAUGUUCCGCAACGAGAGAGCCAUUCGCUUCGUAGUCAUGGUCACUCCUGAAGACCUGAAGGCCAACGCAGAAUACAUCAAAAUGGCAGACCACUACGUACCUGUCUGUGGAGGACCCAACAACAACAACUACGCUAAUGUCGAGCUGAUCGCGGAUAUCGCCAAGCGGAUCCCGGUGCAGGCUGUUUGGGCUGGAUGGGGCCAUGCCUCUGAGAACCCCAAACUUCCGGAGCUUCUGCAGAAGGCGGGCAUUGGGUUUUUAGGUCCCUCCGGCAAGGCCAUGUGGGCCCUGGGAGACAAGGUGGCCUCCUCCAUUGUGGCCCAGAGUGCCAGCAUCCCCAUCCUGCCCUGGACUGGAUCAGACCUGAGGGUAGAGUGGACGGAGGAGGAGCAGCGGCUCGGCCGUGUGAUCAGCGUGCCCCAUGAGCUGUACUUACAGGGCUGCGUGCGUGACGUUGAUGAGGGACUCGCGGGAGCAGAGAAAAUUGGGUAUCCAGUUGUGAUCAAAGCUUCUGAAGGUGGUGGAGGCAAAGGCAUUAGGGAGGUGGACAAAGCUGAGGACUUUGCCAGCUUAUUCAGACAGGUUCAGGCUGAAGUUCCUGGCUCGCCCAUCUUCGUCAUGCAGCUGGCUCAGCAUGCCAGGCACCUGGAGGUGCAGAUCCUUGCUGACCAGUACGGAAAUGCCAUCUCCUUGUUUGGUCGCGACUGCUCCAUCCAAAGGAGGCACCAGAAGAUCAUUGAGGAGGCCCCAGCCACGAUAGCGCCGCCAUCCACCCUGGAGUACAUGGAGCAGUGUGCUGUGCGGCUAGCCAAAAUGGUGGGUUACGUAAGUGCUGGCACAGUCGAGUACCUCUACUCUGAAGAUGGCAGCUUCCACUUCUUGGAGCUGAACCCUCGUCUGCAGGUGGAACAUCCCUGCACAGAGAUGAUUGGAGAUGUCAACCUGCCCGCUGCACAGCUGCAGAUCGCCAUGGGGAUUCCCCUCUACAGAAUCAAGGACAUCAGAGUGCUGUACGGAGAGUCCCCAUGGGGAGACUCGCCCAUCAAUUUUGAGGCUCCUGAAUGCACCCCGAGCCCCCGGGGUCACGUGAUUGCUGCCAGAAUUACCAGUGAGAACCCAGAUGAGGGUUUCAAGCCCAGUUCAGGCACCGUGCAGGAGCUCAACUUCCGCAGCAACAAGAACGUGUGGGGCUACUUCAGUGUGGGGGCAGCCGGGGGCCUGCACGAGUUUGCCGACUCCCAGUUCGGACACUGCUUCUCCUGGGGGGAGAACCGUGAGGAGGCCAUCUCGAACAUGGUGGUGGCCAUGAAGGAGCUCUCUAUCCGUGGGGACUUCAGAACCACAGUGGAAUACCUCAUCAAACUACUGGAGACCGAAAGUUUCCGGAACAAUGACAUUGACACUGGCUGGCUGGACCACCUCAUUGCUGAGAAAGUGCAGGCCGAGAGGCCCGACACAGUACUGGGAGUGGUCUGUGGAUCUCUUCAUGUGGCGGAUGCCAGCAUCAGGAAAAGCAUGUCUGACUUCCUGCACUCCUUGGAGAGGGGCCAAGUGCUGCCUGCUGCCAGUUUGCUGAAUACUGUAGAAGUGGAUCUGAUUUAUGAGGGGGUCAAGUACUGUUUGAAGGUGGCCCGCCAGUCACCCACCACAUACUUCAUCAUCAUGAACAGCUCCGACAUUGAGAUAGAUGUUCACAGGCUAAGCGACGGGGGUCUUCUGCUUUCCUACAAUGGCAGCAGCUACACCACAUACAUGAAAGAGGAGGUGGACAGCUACCGAAUCACUAUUGGAAACAAGACCUGUGUGUUUGAGAAGGAGAAAGACCCGACGGUGCUGAGGUCUCCCUCUGCUGGCAAACUUUUGCAGUAUAUGCUGGAAGACGGAGGCCACAUUUCUGCAGGGAAUGCUUAUGCAGAAAUUGAGGUGAUGAAGAUGGUGAUGACUCUGAACGUGCAGGACUCCGGCUGCGUGCACUUCAUCAAGAGGCCCGGGGCGGUUCUGGAGCCCGGCUGUGUGGUGGCCCGCCUGGAGCUGGACGACCCUAGUCGACUCCACCCGGUGGAGCUGAAUAUGAGACCCCUCCCUGCCCAGCAGCCGCUCCCCAUUGUUGGGGAGAAGCUUCACCAGGUGUUUCACAAUGUGCUGGAGAACCUCAUCAAGGUCAUGGAUGGAUACUGCCUCAUGGAGCCUUACUUUAGCACCAAGAUUAAAGAGUGGGUGGGCACACUCAUGAAGACCUUGCGAGACCCCUCGUUGCCUCUGCUGGAGCUUCAGGAGAUCAUGACCAGCGUAUCGGGCCGCAUCCCUGUGCCAGUGGAGAAGGCCAUCCGCAAGGUCAUGGCCCAGUAUGCCAGCAACAUCACUUCCGUACUCUGCCAGUUUCCCAGCCAGCAGAUUGCUAAUAUUUUGGACAGCCAUGCUGCAACCCUGCAGAGAAAGGCCGAUCGAGAGGUCUUCUUCAUGAAUACGCAGAGUAUUGUGCAGCUUGUGCAAAGAUAUCGGAGUGGAAUACGAGGGUACAUGAAGUCGGUGGUACUGGACUUGCUGAGGAGGUACCUGCAGGUAGAGAUGCAAUUCCAACAAGCACAUUACGACAAGUGUGUCAUCAACCUGAGGGAGCAGUUCAAACCGGACAUGACCCCAGUGCUGGAAUGCAUCUUUUCACACGCUCAGGUGUCCAAGAAGAACAUCCUGGUCACCAUGCUUAUCGACCAGCUGUGUGGGCGAGACCCCACCCUGGCUGAUGAGCUGAUGGCCAUCCUGAAUGAACUGACCCAGCUCGGCAAGGUGGAGAACUCCAAGGUGGCCCUGCGUGCCCGACAGGUCUUAAUCGCCUCUCACUUGCCCUCAUAUGAACUGAGGCACAACCAGGUUGAGUCCAUCUUCCUGUCAGCCAUUGAUAUGUAUGGCCACCAGUUCUGUCCUGAGAACCUGAAGAAACUCAUCUUGUCUGAAACAUCCAUUUUUGAUGUCCUGCCUAACUUCUUCUACCACUCUAACCGGGUUGUGUGCAUGGCAGCACUGGAGGUCUACGUUCGACGAGCCUACAUUGCCUAUGAACUCAACAGCCUGCAGCACCAUCAGCUGCAGGGUGGAACCUGCGCUCUGGACUUCCAGUUCAUGCUGCCGUCCUCGCAUCCCAACAGUUUCCAUUUGGCCAGAGUAGCUCGUCCUGUGCCUGAGGACAAAGGAAGCAGCCCUACCCUGAACAGGGUGUCUGUUCCGGUGAGUUCCGGCCAGUUCGAGAUGCGGCGACAGAGCAGUGAUCUUUUCCUGGAUGGUGCAUUUUCUCCACCCUGCCAGAGGAUGGGCGCCAUGGUUGCCUUUGAGUGCUUUGAGGACUUUAAGAGGAAUUUUGAUGAGGUAAUCUCUAGCUUUGCCGAGCCCCCCCUGGAGAGCCCGAUCUUCCCUGAGGUGUGCUCCACCCUGUUUGAUGAGGAGAACUGCAAGAAUAUGAAGGACAACCCGAUUCACAUAAUCAAUGUGGCUAUCAGGUCUGCCGACUCUGAGGACGAUGACCUGCUGGUUACAGCCUUCAGCACUUUUGCUCAGUCCAAGAAAAGUAUACUCUUUGAUUACGGCAUCAGAAGAAUAACAUUCUUGGUCGCAAAUAAGAGAGAAUUUCCAAAGUUCUUCACCUUCAGAGCUAGAGAUGAGUUCCAGGAGGACCGUAUCUACCGGAACCUGGAGCCGGCGCUGGCCUUCCAGCUGGAGCUCAACCGCAUGCGCAACUUCGACCUGAAGGCGCUGCCCUGUGCCAACCACAAGAUGCACCUGUACUUGGGUGCUGCCCGUGUGCAGGAGGGCGCUGAGGUCACUGACUACCGCUUCUUUGUCCGGGCCAUCAUACGCCACUCAGACCUCAUCACCAAGGAGGCCUCCUUUGAGUACCUGCAGAACGAGGGCGAGAGGCUCCUGCUGGAGGCAAUGGAUGAGCUGGAAGUGGCCUUCAGCAACACCGCUGUGCGCACAGAUUGCAACCACAUCUUCCUGAACUUCGUGCCCACAGUGAUAAUGGACCCAUCAAAAAUAGAGGAGUCUGUCCGCUCCAUGGUGAUGCGCUAUGGUAGUCGACUGUGGAAGCUGCGUGUCCUGCAGGCAGAGCUGAAGAUCAACAUCCGCCUGACACCCACGGGAAUGGCAAUUCCCAUCCGCUUGUUCCUCACCAACGAGUCGGGCUACUAUCUGGACAUCAGUCUGUACAAGGAGGUCACCGACCCCACCUCUGGGCAGAUCAUGUUCCAGUCCUAUGGGGACAAGCAGGGCCUCCUGCAGGGCAUGCUCAUCAACACACCCUAUGUCACCAAGGACCUCCUGCAGUCUAAGAGGUUUCAAGCCCAAACACUGGGGACCACCUACGUCUAUGACUUUCCUGAGAUGUUUCGACAGGCCCUAUUUAAGAUCUGGGGCUCAGGAGAUAAUUACCCCAAGGAUGUCUUGACAUGCACUGAGCUGGUACUGGACCCCCAGAGCCAACUGGUACAGAUGAACCGACUUCCUGGAGACAAUGAGAUAGGAAUGGUGGCCUUUCGAAUGAAGAUGAAGACACCAGAGUACCCUGAAGGGCGGGACAUCAUCGUGAUCUGCAAUGACAUCACCUACAUGAUCGGCUCAUUCGGGCCACAGGAGGACCUGCUGUUCCUGCGUGCGUCGGAGCUGGCGCGGGCCGAGGGGCUGCCGCGCAUCUACAUUGCCGCCAACAGCGGGGCGCGCAUUGGCCUGGCCGAGGAGGUGCGUCACAUGUUCCAGGUGGCUUGGAACGACCCCCAGGAUCCGUACAAGGGCUUCAAAUACCUGUACCUGACCCCCCAGGACUACACCCGCAUCAGCUCCAGCAACUCUGUGCACUGUCAGCAUGUGGAAGAGGGGGGAGAGUCCAGGUACAUUAUCACCGACAUCAUCGGGAAGGAGGAGGGGCUUGGUGUGGAGAAUCUGCGAGGUUCUGGCACCAUUGCAGGGGAGUCGUCCCUGGCUUAUGACGAGAUUGUCACAAUCAGCCUGGUGACUUGUCGAGCUAUUGGUAUUGGAGCAUACCUGGUCCGUCUAGGACAGAGAGUCAUCCAAGUGGAGAAUUCCCACAUCAUCCUGACUGGUGCUGGGGCUCUCAAUAAGGUUCUGGGCCGUGAGGUCUACACCUCCAACAACCAGCUGGGCGGCAUUCAGAUCAUGCAUGACAACGGGGUCACACAUACCACAGUGCCUGACGACUUUGAGGGUGUCUUCACCAUCUUGCAGUGGCUGUCCUAUAUGCCAAAGACCAAAAACAGUCCAGUGCCCGUACUGCCCCCGGUGGACCCGGUUGAGAGGGAGAUCGACUUCAUUCCCACCAAGACCCCCUAUGACCCCCGCUGGCUGCUGGCAGGGAGGCCCCACCCCAGUAUAAAAGGAGCCUGGCAGUCUGGUUUCUUUGACCAUGGGUCAUUUAUGGAGAUCAUGAAGUCAUGGGCUCAGACAGUGGUGGUCGGCAGAGCAAGGUUAGGAGGGAUUCCCCUAGGGGUCAUCACCGUGGAGACACGCACUGUCGAAGUGGCCAUACCCGCUGAUCCAGCCAACUUGGACUCUGAAGCCAAACUCCUGCAGCAGGCCGGUCAGGUCUGGUUCCCGGACUCCGCCUUCAAGACGGCUCAGGCCAUUCGGGACUUCAACCGCGAGCGGCUGCCGUUGAUGGUGUUUGCUAAUUGGAGAGGUUUCUCUGGAGGAAUGAAGGACAUGUACGACCAGGUGCUGAAGUUCGGGGCCUACAUCGUGGACAGCCUGCGCGAAUUCCACCAGCCCGUGUUGGUAUACAUCCCUCCCCACGCCGAGCUGCGCGGGGGCUCCUGGGUGGUCAUCGACCCGACCAUCAACCCAUUGUACAUGGAGCUGUAUGCAGACCGGGAGAGCAGGGGUGGCGUACUGGAACCUGAGGGCACGGUGGAAAUCAAGUUCCGUAAGAAGGACCUGCUGAAGACCAUGCGCAGGAUCGACCAGAUUUAUUUCCGGCUGGUCGAGCAGCUUGGAAGUCCGGAACUGCCAGAGGAGGAACGUAAGGAUCUGGAGGCCAAGUUGAGGGAGAGGGAGGAGUUCCUGCUCCCGAUCUACCACCAGGUGGCAGUGCAGUUUGUUGACCUGCAUGACACGCCUGGCAGGAUGCAGGAGAAAGGUGUUAUUACGGACAUUCUGGACUGGAAGAAUGCCCGCGUCUUUUUCUACUGGAGGCUUCGGCGUCUUCUCCUGGAGGAGGUAGUCAAGAGUGAGAUCCUGUGCGCCAACAAGGAGCUGAGCGACGGACACAUCCAGUCCAUGCUACGCCGCUGGUUUGUGGAAACCGAGGGCACAGUCAAGGCUUACCUGUGGGACAAUAACCAGGUGGUGGUGGAGUGGCUAGAGAAACAGCUGGCGGAGGACGAUGGAAUGCGCUCUGCCAUCAGGGAGAAUAUCAAGUACCUAAAGAGAGACUACGCUCUGAAGCACAUCCGCAGCCUGGUGCAGGCGAACCCUGAGGUGGCCAUGGACUGCAUCAUCCAUAUGAGCCAGAACAUCACAUCUUCCCAGAGGGCCAAGAUCUCCCACCUGCUGGCCACCAUGGACAGCACAGCCAGCAGUUGACCUCUGAACUCCGCUCAGCACUGUGCCAGCUCCCAUCCUCUUCCAGUAUCCGACAAAACAAAGCCAGUGUUUUUUUUGGACUGAGGGCCACGCAUAUCAAAGGGCAGAGACUCUGACCUUCGACUGCCUGCUUACUACUGAAAAGUUUUUCUCAGGGUUUUGCUGUCACCAUGUGACCACCACCUGUAACUGCGCACAAAGAGAAUUCCCUGUCCUCCUAGCGCACAGUGCCUAAACACUUGACCACUCGCUUUUUAAGUUAAACAAUGCACCCAGGUUCACUUCUCUCUCUUCCCAUUCCGAAACGCCCCAAAUCAGCCCCACCAAAGCAUGAAAGUUCUUUAUCGGUCUUGUAACAGGUAUUAAAAUGGCGUUAUUUCACAUUUCACUGUCUUUAUUUUCAACAUGUGUUGACUGUUUUAUUUACAAGACACUCCUCUCCUUUUGUGGGGGGGGGGGGGUGCUUGUUUUUUUCGUCUAACACUUAAAUGGCUAGGGGAAUCCAUACAUAGUGCCUGUUCUUCAUGGGGGUGGGGGUUAAACAUCAGUAUGAUUUAACGUUCAUAACUAGUCUCCUUACUUGGGGAGGAGAUAUUUGCCUGAUUGUAUGAGUGUGACUCACAAAGGCUGUAGUUGGUUCUGCAGUGUGGCAUCUUACCAUUUCAAUCUGAAUGACACUGAAAGGUUAUAUUUGACACUGUUUCAUAGAGCUGCACAUUACCAAGUGUGUGUUUGCAUGCUACCCUGUGUAACUUAAGCAGUGUGCCUCGUUAAGAUGCAUUUAUCUGAAGCAAAUGCCCUCUGUAGUGUGAGCAGUUUCGUUGAGGAUCUCAGUAGAUAUUAUUACUGCAAGUGCUGUUAUGUGAAUACAGUGUGUCUGGCCUACUCCUGUAUGGAAUUAAAAUUUAUAUUAUGAAAAGCUAUUUUUAAAUAAAACGUCUGUUGAAAGGUC